GCCGCCGAUUCCCGAGCGCCGUGCACCGUCGACUCGACCGCGAGUUUUCGAAUUCAACAUUUUUGAACGUUACGUCAGUCGUCGUCGGUCGCUGCAGCAGCAGCAACAAAAAUAUUUUUGGCGCCGUUUUAUUUGUGUGCCGUGUAUCGUGUCGUUUUGAAAUCGCUGCGAGCAAGGAGUUGUCGAGUUUUGAAAUCGCCUCUUCAACAGGAGUUUUUUUUUGUAAUCCAACGAGCUGCCAAUUUCAACGAAUACCAACCAAAAGUGGCUCUGUGAGGUACGAUACCGCCAACGAAUAUGACCACCUCAACGCGCAGCAGCAGCAACACAAAUAGCAGCAACAACCACAGCAGCGAGCACGAGGAGCGAACCGCCAACGGCACCAACGCCUACAACCACCACAGUCCGACGGGUUCGGGAUCGGGAUCCGGAACAGCAGGCGCCUCCAUUGGAUCCACCAACCGAGUGAUGCAGGCGGACGAGGACUUCAACAUCCGAUUCGUCAACCUGGUGCGCACCCACAAGUGUCUCUACGACAAGAAGGUGCCCGAGUACCGCAACAGGGAUAACCAGGAAAAGGCUUGGGUGCUUAUAUCAAAGGAGACAAGAGAAAGCGUGAUCCAUUGCAAGGAGCGAUGGCGAAACCUUCGCGCCUGCCUCUCCCGCUACAUAAAGCAGCAAUCCGGUUCGGAGCCGCAGCACAAGCCAUACUACCUGACCGAGCACAUGGCGUUCCUACUGCCCUUCCUGAAGUCCAGCCGUAACUCCUUGGAGGGGAACAACAGUCUGGCCACUCUGUACCAGAUGUCCCAGCAGCACCUGCAGCAUCAACCAUUUCUCCUGCACCCAGCACUCCAUGAGACCGAUGAGCACAAGUACUGCGCCAACACUAGCAUCAAUAAUAAUAAUAACAACAUCUCCAAUAAUGGCGAGAGUAUGGAGGUCUUGGAGAUGAAGUACUCGAUUUCGGAGAAGGACGAUGAGGAGACCAUCGACGCCUUUGAUCCCGCGGUCACCAACACCCUGGGUAUGAAUCGUACUUCGUCCACGCCCACACGCCUUUCCGCCCUUCAAGGAGGCGGAGGCAACUCACCGGCCAGAAGCGAUACCGCUAGUGCGGAUAGCAUGAAGAACUUCAUUCCGGAUGUGCAGCUGGCCGAGACGGGUUCGCAACUCAUCUACAGCGAUGGGGGACAUGGCACACCACCGCCCCUGCACUAUCACCCGCACUCGCAUCCACAUCCUUUGACAUUGUCCAUGGAACACCACCCAGCAUCAUACGAACCGGGCAGCACGAAAAGAAUCAAGACGGAAUGCGAGGCCACCAGCACGAUGACGAAUGCAGGAAGUAUUUACGGCGGACUGAGUUCGUCGGAAGUAGCGGACAUGGAGUUCUUCCGCAGCAUUCUCCCAGAUCUGGCGAAUCUCACUCCACAGCAGCGUCGCAAGUUCAAGAUUGGCAUUCUGGAGCUGAUUGACGACGUUGUAACCCGAUAUCCCGCCCAGGAUCACAGCAACGGAGGAGGAGUAUCUGGCGUACUCAACGGAAGUGGCGGUAGCAGCAAUGGGGGAUCUGUAAAGCAUCAAAGGCGCAGCUCUGGACGCGAUUGGAGGAAACAAUAAAGGAAUAGAAAAUUUAGCGGAAAGUCACUAAUCCUUAACUAGGGAUAGGAUAAGUUUAGUUAGAAGCUUAAGGGGGAUCUGAAGCUGGAAUGGGUACUAAUUCGAACCAGAGUUACUUCAGUCCGCUCACUGUUAAUGUGUUGUGUCUACUCGAUAAGAUGGGUAUGUUUUUAAAGGCCUUAAAUUCUUUCAUGUCUACGAAUUGUUUCGAUUUUGACCAACCUUUAAGAAUGGUCCAUUUACAAAGAGCUACAAAUACUUUCAUGACAAUUUAAAAAAAUAUAUGUAUAUUUGAACAACUAAUAGAUACAUUUUAAGCUAUUCCAAACUACAAAUUUUACGGGCUAUUCCGAAAUCGAACACAUUUCAAUGAACAAGAAGUAACGAGGCCUCCUCUCCUUAUAAGCCAUUUAGUUCUUACGAAGCAGUUAAGGAAUUGUGAAAAUAGAUUUCAAGAUUUUAGAAAAUGGCUGCUUCGAAAAUAUGUUAGUUUAAGGACGCUGUAUAUAUGUAUGCUGCUAUUGAAGCCUAAACUAUAGAAUCUGUGUACAAAUGAAUUUCCGCUUAGGUAAACAAAGAGGGAUAAAGAUAUAAAUCGAUAUCAAACUGCUGUGUGUAAUAAUAAACAAGUGAAAGUAUGGAAAAUUA